CACAAACUAACGAAACCCUGCUUAUCUUAAACCAACCUGCUCACUGGAACAGGGAGGACAGGACCAGCAUAAAAGGGAGGGCAGAGCCGACUGUUGCUUACACUUGCUUCUGACAUAACGGUGUUCACUAGCAACCUCAAACAGACACCAUGGUGCAUCUGACUCCUGAGGAAAAGACUGCUGUCAAUGCCCUGUGGGGCAAAGUGAACGUGGAUGCAGUUGGUGGUGAGGCCCUGGGCAGGUUACUGGUGGUCUACCCUUGGACCCAGAGGUUCUUUGAGUCCUUUGGGGAUCUGUCCUCUCCUGAUGCUGUUAUGGGCAACCCUAAGGUGAAGGCUCAUGGCAAGAAGGUGCUCGGUGCCUUUAGUGAUGGCCUGGCUCACCUGGACAACCUCAAGGGCACUUUUUCUCAGCUGAGUGAGCUGCACUGUGACAAGCUGCACGUGGAUCCUGAGAACUUCAGGGUGAGUCCAGGAGAUGCUUCACUUUUCUCUUUUUACUUUCUAAUCUUACAUUUUAGUCUUUACCUACCUGCUCUUCCCCCACAUUUUUGUCAUUUUACUAUAUUUUAUCAUUUAAUGCUUCUAAAAUUUUGUUAAUUUUUUAAUUUAAAUAUUCUGCAUUUUUUCCUCCCUCACAAUCUUGCUAUUUUAAAUUAUUUAAUAUCCUGUCCUUCUCUCCCAACCCCCUCCCUUCAUUUUUCCUUCUCUAACCACAACUCAAAUUAUGCAUGCCAGCUCUCACCUGCUAAUUCUGCACUUAGAAUAAUUCUUUUGUCUCUCCACAUGGGUAUGAGAGAGGCUCCAGCUCAAAGACGAGAGGCAUAGAAUACUGUUUUAGAGGCUAUAAAUUAUUUUACAAUAAGGAAUAAUUGGAAUUUUAUAAAUUUGGUAGUAAAUGGGAUGGAAAGGAAAGUGAAUAUUUGAUUAUGAAAGACUAGAAAGUUACACUGGAGGUGGGGCAGAAGUCGUUGCUAGGAGACAGCCCAUCAUCACACUGAUUAAUGAAUUAAUUUGUAUCUAUUAAUCUGUUUAGAGUAAUUAAUUUGUAUAUGCUAUAUACACAUACAAAAUUAAAACUAAUUUGGAAUUAAUUUGUAUAUAGCAUAUACAGCAUAUAUAGCAUAUAUGUACAUAUAUAGACUAUAUGCUAGUUAAGUACAUAGAGGAUGUGUGUGUAUAGAUAUAUGUUAUAUGCAUGCAUUCAUAUAUGUACUUAUUUAUGCUGAUGGGAAUAACCUGGGGAUCAGUUUUGUCUAAGAUUUGGGCAGAAAAAAAUGGGUGUUGGCCCAGUUUCUCAGAAGCCAAUCUUUAUUUCUCUGUUAACCAUAUGCAUAUAUCUGCCUACCUUUUCUCUGCAGCUCCUGGGCAACGUGCUGGUGUGUGUGCUGGCCCGCAACUUUGGCAAGGAAUUCACCCCACAGGUGCAGGCUGCCUAUCAGAAGGUGGUGGCUGGUGUGGCUAAUGCCCUGGCUCACAAGUACCAUUGAGAUCCUGGACUGUUUCCUGAUAACCAUAAGAAGACCCUAUUUCCCUAGAUUCUAUUUUCUGAACUUGGGAACACAAUGUCUGCUUCAAGGGUAUGGCUUCUGCCUAAUAAAGAAUGUUCAGCUUAAC